CAUAAUUUCGUGAACGUGAAAUAGAGUAGUAGUUGUAGAUGGUAGUGGUUCGUUUCAUUGUUGUUGAUACCUGUUGAUGUUAUUUCAGUUUACAUGUUAACGUUGGUGUAAGUUGUGUUACGAAACUCUGUACUUCUUAUUACACUUUGAAUAAAAAUAUUGUAUUUUUAUUAAUUACUAUCGCGAAGUAUCGCAUAUUAGUUUAUUAUUCGCGAUGCUCUAAACGACGUGAGUGAAUUAAAGUGCCGAUCUAUUUAUUUCUUAACGAAGAGUUACCAUUGAAAAAUGCAUUCGGUGUCAGUUUUGUGAUUUUUUAACACAGUUGGUAUAGUUAUUCGAAAAAAUACGCUGAAAAGUUGUUCAUCGGUUUCCAAUGAAUCCGUUUCAAAAGGAAUUAUCGAGACCUCCAAUUUAUAACCCUGAAGACUACGCUUUAUCAUUGAAAAAAUGGACCAGUAAACCGAUAGUAAAUACGAACGAGCAAAAUGAGACACCUCAGCCUUGUUCUGCUGAAAGGGAGAUGAGCUUGAGACAAUUUUCUAGCAUUUCGGAUCUAUUGAAUAAACUCAAAACUGAUCUUCGCCUCGCCUAUAUUAGUUUCGUGCAAGAAUUUGUAGCUGACCCGAUAGAUGGAAUUACAUUACUUCUAGAGCUCCUUCGCACCAUACAAGCCAACGAUAGCAAUCAACACACGAAGGCAACAUCAGCUCUGCAUCGUCGGUCUUUACUUGAUGAAAAUUCUUGUUUACAGUGUCUCCGGUAUUCUCUGAGAUGUCCUGAAACGACUAGGAGAUUAGCUAUGGCCCCCACUGGUCUUUUUUCACUCACUGUAUGCAUAAUGAGCAGCGUCAGUAAAUCUAGGAUAAUUGCUCUUGAGUUAUUGACAAAAAUAUGCUGUUAUUCAAUUGCUGGUCAUAACGCGGUAUCCGAGGCGAUGUCGACUAUGCGGUUAAGAUUCGGAGAACCCGUUAGGUUUCGGUUUUUGGUCAGCAUGCUUAAUGGAGCCGCCGCCGAUUUGUUACUAUCGGGAUUAAGAUUUAUUAAUACGUUUUUGGAAACUUCGCCCAAAAAGCAAAUACAUUUUUAUAUUCAAGCUGAACUCGAGCAAGCUGGAUUUAGCAUAAAGACUUUGAAAGAUAUGAUGCCUUCCAAAAAUUCCGAAAAUGAAGCAAUAACCGAGGAAUUGAAUCGAUGGUCAAGGUUGUACAUUGAUGUCGAAGUCUUAAAAAAUAAUCACAAUAAUAAAUGUAAAGAAAUAUCAGCGUUGAAAGAAAAAAUUUCAGAACUGGAAGCACAAAUAAGGGUUCUGCAAAGUGAAAAACAAUCUUUUUUAUCCGAAAACCGCUUUAAAGAACGAUCCUCCAAACUAAACAUCUCAACUUCCGACUCGUGUUCGAACUCGAUUGAAAAAUCAUUCACAUUCAAAACUCAUAUCAAUUACCCGAAACAAGGAGGUGAAAAUUCAACACCAGCCGAAGACGAAGGUAUCAGUUCGUCAGAUCAAGAUGAUUCGGAGGAGAAUAACCUCCAUCAUCAGAAUAAUUUGAACACAUACGUAUACGGAGCACAGAACAAUUCACCACCCAUGAAGUACAAAUAUAAUUGCGAUACAACUUCAGUCGACCCUACAAUAGACGAGGUGAUGAAAGGUUUCCAGAAUCUCAUCAACGAAGUAAAAAACCACCAUAAUAAUCAGGAAAACUUGAAACAAAAAAGAUCUCAAGUUAAAAAUUCAAGUUUCGAGUCGGUUUCAAGAGCCAUUAUCAUUCAAGAAGAAAGCGACAUAAUUCCCUCCAAAAUCCUACCCGAACCACCAAAGAAAUCACGAAGCUUGCAUUUUUUACACGAUAAUAUCGAAUUGAAUCCUUUUUUCGAGGAUGAAAGUGCAGAUAAUUCACGCUGUAGUUGUUCUUCUCAAGAGUGUUGUUCAUCGGCUGCAUCUGAUCACGAAUAUUCAAAAAUUGAUUACUCUUACGAAAACGAUACCUAUCUAAACAAAAGUUGCGGGAGUCCGCAAGUUAAUGGACGAAAAAAUACAAAACUCAAUGGUCUCAAAAGAAGCGAAACCUUUCAUUACUUACAAAAUGAAGGUAAACGUAAAACGGCGAAUGUUUCGAAUCACAGGAUGAACAUUCCACCGAAAUUCGAGAAUAAAAAAAAUAUAAACCAGAAGAAUAAUAAUUAUAUUAUACAAAACUCGAAUAAUUUUGAAAAAGAAUUAAAGAAUAAAAAUUUAGGUGUAAAACAAAAUACCAAAGUUUCCCGUUCGGUUAGCACGAAACCGUUGAUGAAUCAGGUGAAAGCUCCCAAUUCGCCAUCUUUUCCACCGAGUACUAAAAUUAAUCCUAUUUCUUAUUUUUUAAAUAAAUCCAACGGAUUUCCCACCAACGUUUCUGAUUUUACUUUGAAAAGACAUAAUAACGCUGGUCUUUAUUCCGGACAAAAUCACGUUCAAAAUUCAUCGAGUAAUAAUUAUAACAACAAUCAGGUAACCACGAUCACUUCUAGUUAUCCUAAAAGAUGUGCUGGUAGUCCGAAGGAAAUCAAUUAUAAUGGAUACAGCGGUAAAAUUAUGGAUUUCCCUUCAGGGUUGUAUUAAUCUAUGUCUUUUUUCCAGUAUUUCGAAUAAAUAGAUAAAAUUCCAAUUUUUGUUUUGAAAAAAAAAUAAAAUAGCAUAUGAUGCAUGAAGUGUUUUGAUAUUUUACUUAUUAUUUUGUUUAAAAUUAAAACAAAAUUGAAUGGAUUUUAAUUUUUUAACAAAAUGCAAAUUAUUCAUUUUUAUGCAGGUAUCAACUAAAUGAUGAGAAAGUACCUACUUAUCCUAUGUAUUGCUUGGUUACAAUGUUAUUUAAUUUUUUGCAAUCUUAAUGUGUAUUAUAGUUUCAUUGUUUUAAUACUAUUUAUUUAUUUUAUCUUUUUAUUUGUGUAUUUUGUUUGUUCGUUUUAAAAAUGAUUCAUUCAUUUCAAAAGCGACUCCUCAUUCUGAAUAAAAUCAUUCUCAUGUACAUUUAUCAUGUAAAUAUAGAAGUUGGAUCUUUUUU